AUCGAAAUGAAAACAAUUUUUUCGCAAUCAGUUCAAUUCAAAGUCCAGCUUUUUAUCUGCAGCUCUCAGGUUAGGGUUUUCGCUGGCGCCGUUUUUUUAUUUAUUCGAUCCGAGAGGGAACCUGUUCAUCGCUCUCGAUUCACACUCCAUUUCCAUUUCCCUAAGCUUUAUAUAAGAGAGGCACACGUGGGAUCAUAUUUCUAGCAGUAUACUUGUUUGAUACUGGCAGCGAGAAUAUGGCUAUGGAAAUCACUCAAUUCCUUUUAAGUGCACAAUCAGUUGAUUCAACAGUGAGGAAUCAUGCUGAAGAAACACUGAAACAGUUUCAGGAGCAAAACCUGCCUGGUUUCUUGUUAUCCCUUUCUGCAGAGCUUGCUAAUGAGGAGAAACAGGUUGAAAGCCGCAAACUAGCUGGUUUGAUUCUAAAAAAUGAUUUGGAUGCUAAGGAGCAGCACAGAAAGUAUGAGCUUAUUCAAAGGUGGUUAUCAUUAGAUGUGUCAGUGAAGAACCAAAUCAAGGCAUUGUUGUUACAAACCCUCUCAUCUACUGCAGCCGAUGCUCGAUCAACUGCGUCGCAAGUCAUUGCAAAGGUUGCAGGGAUUGAACUGCCGCACAAGCAGUGGCCUGAACUCAUCUUGUCCCUCUUGUCUAGUAUUCACCAGGUCCCUCCUCAUGUUAAGCAGGCGACACUCGAAACCCUUGGAUACAUAUGUGAAGAGGUUAUUCCAGAGGUUGUUGAUCAAGAUCAAGUAAAUAAAAUACUUACAGCUGUUGUUCAAGGCAUGAAUGCUAAUGAAAGUAAUGUUGAAGUUCGACUUGCUGCCACAAGAGCUCUAUAUAAUGCCCUUGGAUUUGCCCAGGCUAAUUUCUCCAACGACAUGGAAAGGGACUACAUAAUGAGAAUUGUUUGCGAAGCCACUCUUGCCCCAGAAGUGAAGAUUCGGCAGGCAGCCUUUGAGUGUUUGGUUGCUAUUGGGUCGACAUAUUAUGAGAAAUUAGCUCCGUACAUACAAGACAUAUUCAACAUCACAUCCAAGGCUGUCCGAGGUGAUGAUGAACAGGUUGCUCUUCAGGCAAUUGAAUUUUGGAGUUCCAUCUGUGACGAGGAAAUUAGCAUCCUGGAAGAGUGUGAAGGCGAUUUCACAGCAGAUUCAGAUAUUCCAUGCUAUUAUUUUAUAAAGCAGGCGCUCCCUGCACUUGUUCCUAUGUUGUUGGAGACACUUCUUAAGCAAGAAGAAGAUCAGGAUCUGGAUGAAGGUGCUUGGAAUAUCGCAAUGGCUGGUGGGACUUGCCUUGGUUUGGUAGCCCGGACAGUUGGGGAUGAUAUCGUACCACUUGUCAUGCCAUUUAUCGAAGAAAAUAUUACAAAAUCCGAUUGGAGGCAGAGAGAGGCAGCCACUUACGCCUUCGGUUCUAUAUUGGAAGGCCCUUCUCCCGGCAAAUUAAUCCGUACUGUCAAUGUUGCUCUGAAUUUCAUGCUUACUGCUCUCACUAAAGAUCCUAGCAGCCAUGUGAAGGAUACAACUGCUUGGACCCUGGGAAGAAUAUUCGAAUUUCUCCAUGGUGCAACUAUCCCGACACCAAUUGUUACUCGAGAGAAUUGUCAGCAGAUUAUCACAGUUCUUCUCCAGAGCAUGAAAGACGUCCCGAAUGUUGCUGAGAAAGCAUGUGGUGCUCUCUAUUUCCUUGCCCAAGGUUAUGAAGAUGUGGGCAGCACCGGCUCGCCCCUAACACCAUAUUUCCAAGAAAUUGUUCAGUCCCUUCUUAAUGUCACUCAUAGGGAGGAUUCCGGGGAAUCUCGACUAAGGACUGCUGCAUACGAGACACUCAAUGAAGUUGUGAGGUGCUCGACAGAAGAAACUGCUGGCUUGGUACUGGAACUUGUUCAAGUGAUCAUGACAGAGCUUCACAAAACUCUCGAGGCUCAAAAGCUUUCGUCUGAUGAGAGAGAGAAACAAAAUGAACUGCAGGGCCUUCUUUGCGGGUGCUUACAGGUCAUCAUUCAGAAAUUAAGUGCAUCAGAGGCCACAAAACAUGCUUUCCUACGGUAUGCAGACCAAGUAAUGGGUCUAUUUCUUCAAGUUUUUGCUUCUAGAAGCGCCACCGUGCACGAGGAAGCUAUGCUUGCCAUUGGCGCAUUUGCCUACGCAACGGGCCAAAACUUUGCAAAAUACAUGCCGGAUUUCUAUCAGUAUUUGGAGAUGGGCCUUCAGAAUUUCGAAGAAUACCAAGUGUGUGCUGUCACAGUUGGGGUCGUGGGCGACAUCUGCAGGGCAUUGGAUGAAAAGAUUCUUCCUUACUGUGACGGGAUCAUGACCCAUCUUCUGAAAGAUUUGUCGAGCAGCCAGCUGCACCGGUCUGUGAAGCCCCCGAUCUUUUCAUGCUUCGGAGACAUAGCUCUAACAAUUGGCGACAAUUUUGCAAAGUAUUUGAUGUACGCGGUGCCCAUGCUGCAGAGCGCCGCAGAGGUGUCUGUCCACACAUCAGGCGUUGAUGAUGAAAUGAUCGAAUAUACUAACCUUCUACGGAACGGAAUUUUAGAGGCGUAUUCUGGGAUAUUUCAGGGCUUCAAGAACUCUGCUAAAGCCGAGCUCCUGGUACAGCAUGCUCCCCACAUUUUGCAAUUCCUCGAUAGCAUUUACAUGGAGAAGGAUAUGGACGACGUUGUGAUGAAAACAGCCAUUGGUGUCCUCGGAGAUCUAGCGGAUACUCUGGGAAGUACUGCAGCUUCUCUGCUUCAACAGUCUCUGUCGAGUAAAGAGUUUUUAAACGAAUGUCUGUUGUCGGAUGAUCAUUUGAUCAAAGAAUCUGCCGAGUGGGCGAGGUUGGCCAUUAGUCGCGCCAUAUCUGUUUGAGCCGGUGCCCCGUCAGAGUCGAGAUUCCAUAGUAUGUUUACCUGCAUGCAUGCAUACAUACAUACAGUCAGGUCAUAAAGUCAUCGGGUCUGGUUUUGGUUAGUUUUUGUGGCUGGUCGGGUCAUUGUUAUUAUCUGACAACAGAAAGUACAUUUUCAACAUGUUGUCGCUAACUUAUGCAUCAGCAUGCGUCGUUUGCAGCGGAGGGUCGGGGGCGGGGGUGUCGAUCGCAGGGAAAAGCUGGCUUCUAAAACUUUCCGGAGGAAAUAGAAGAGACUGUCUGUUUCUGUGCCGAAGGGUGGUUAAUGUGGUAAGCAGGCGAACCCAUCCUCGACUGCAUUUUUUGGUCUGUUUUGAGUACUUUGUGUCGGGAGAAACUAUGAACAGGCAGUGUUAUGAAAAAAAACAUAUUGUAUCGCGUCAAAUGCCUUGUUUUUCAUGAUACUUUAAACGAGUCGUCGCUGCCUUUAUUUUUCUUUC